AUGUCCGUAAACGGGGCCACCAUAGCCAGCGAGUCCGUGGAGACCAGCGGCUCCAUGGAGACCGCCGAUUCCGUGGAGACCAGCGACUCCAUGACCGCCCUGUCCACUGUUCUGUUCGCACUUGUGUGCUGCACUGCUCUCGCCUGGUACCCAACCUACAACUACGGACAUGGUGCUGGUUACCAUGGAGUCGCUGGUCUCCACGGAAACGGCGGUCUCCAUGGAGCCGCUGGUCUCCACGGACUCGCUGGCUAUGGUGGCCCCGUUUACGGACAUGCCGGAUAUGGUUACGGAUACCCAGGCUAUGGUUACGGAUACGGACGCGGAUACGGUUACGGACACGGACAUGGGCUCGGAGCUGGAAUUGGUUUCGCUGGACACGGACACGGACUUGGACUAGGCGUCCGUGGACUUGGUCUCGCUGGACACGGACAUGGGCUCGGAGCUGGAAUUGGUUUCGCUGGACACGGACACGGACUUGGACUAGGCGUCCGUGGACUUGGUCUCGCUGGACACGGACACGGGCUCGGAGCUGGACUUGGUUUCGCUGGACACGGACACGGACUCGGAGCUGGACUUGGUCUCGCUGGACACGGGCUCGGAGCUGGACUUGGUCUCGCUGGACACGGACACGGGCUCGGAGCUGGACUUGGUCUCGCUGGACACGGGCUCGGAGCUGGACUUGGUUUCGCUGGACACGGACACGGACUUGGACUAGGCGUCCGUGGACUUGGUCUCGCUGGACACGGACACGGGCUCGGAGCUGGACUUGGUUUCGCUGGACACGGACACGGACUCGGAGCUGGACUUGGUCUCGCUGGACACGGGCUCGGAGCUGGACUUGGUCUCGCUGGACACGGGCUCGGAGCUGGACUUGGUCUUGCUGGACACGGACACGGGCUCGGAGCUAGACUUGGUCUCGCUGGACACGGGCUCGGAGCUGGACUUGGUUUCGCUGGACACGGACACGGACUUGGACUAGGCGUCCGUGGACUUGGUCUCGCUGGACACGGAUACGGGCUCGGAGCUGGACUUGGAUUCGCUGGACGCGGACACGGACUUGGACUAGGUGUCCGUGGACUUGGUCUCGCUGGACACGGACACGGACUUGGACUAGGCGUCCGUGGACUUGGUCUCGCUGGACACGGACACGGACUUGGAGCUGGACUUGGUUUCGCUGGACACGGACACGGGCUCGGAGCUGGACUUGGUUUCGCUGGACACGGACACGGGCUCGGAUUCGGAGCACAUGGACUUGGACUAGGCGCCCGUGGACUUGGAUUCGGCGCACGUGGACUUGGAUUUGGAGGACGUGGAUUUGGAUUCGGAGGACGAGGACUGGGAUACGGACACGCUCUGUACCACUGA